AUGGGGUGCAACGGAAGCCGUCCUAAGGCGGCCGUCAAGGAUCAGAACAAGAAUAAGAAGAGCAGUAACAAUAACAACAAUAAUAACAAUAAUAAUACGAGGGUGGAUUCCUCACCUGCUUCACCAUUACCACCAGGGUCACCUGUAGUAGUGACCACAACAGGAGGUCCCAAAAUUUUAAGAACUUCAGCUGCUGCUGCUGCUGCUGCUGCUGCUGCUGCUCGUGGUGGUGGUGGUAGAGUUCGUGGGCGUGGGCCCCAGCCGGGGACGGAGGGGGAUGGCACUGCCAGUCGGCCGCACAGUUCCUCCUCUGUGGACAGUCGCACGAAACCACCGCAGUCAUCGGCGUCCUCCAAGUCUGAUGCGACAGAUGCGGUGGCUCAAGCGUCGGCACCACGUCCAUAUCAAGAACCCUUCAGUGCGGAGCCUGUACAAGAGCAUGAGGUCUCUACUGCUUCUCCACUCCCUCUUGUUGUUUAUAAUGAACAAGGGAACUAUAAGAGGAACAAUUGCAGUUUCUCCAAUGGCAACCGUGAGAGCAAUAGGAGUAGUAAUAGGUAUGAUAAUGAUUACAUGACGGAAUCUUUCAACAGCAGCUUCAGUUCUCCACAGUUGUUUCGUAUUUCACCAACGCAGCGAGCUCAGCGUGGAGAAGGUACAUGGGAAUGGUGGUAUGAACAAGUGGAUAAACUACGUAUCACAAAGGAUUGUAGUUGUCGGGCAAGACUUGAAGAUAUUCAAAACCGCCUUGCACGACAGUAUGAUACAGAUAAAGGUCGGGUUGAAUUAGAUCUUGGAUGGUGUUAUAUGGAGCGUUCUGCACCUUAUGUGUUAGGUCGUCUCUUUGCUAGUCCAUUUAUUGCUGAGAUUCGAUGGAUUACUGCAUUACGUCUUGAUGGCAACUAUUUUACAGAUGAAGGAUUUGGUAAUAUGCUUGCUGUAAUGAGUGUGGCAAACGAAUCUAAGAUUGUUCUACCUCUACUUAAACAAUUGUACCUUAAUAACAUGAAUCUCGAUCCUAAUAGCAUUCAUGGGAUUCUCUAUUACCUAUUCCCACUCAAACCCCCUCGUGCGUUAAUAGAAGAAACAAAUACACUACGUCCAUCAAGAUCACUACCAGUAAUGUCGGCAGUGCGAGGACCGACGAUAGCGGGUGAGUCUAUUGGAUUUCCCUUGAGGGCGUAUAUUCCUUUCGAUAAUUCUCCGCACACCCCACUAUUUCCCUCACUAGAGGUUUUAAGUCUGUGCGACAAUCCAGGUAUUGGUAACCGUGGACUCGCAGUUCUCUUGCGUUGCCUGAUUGCACCACACUACGAGCGACGGGAGUUACCUGUGCUUGAUCUCUCACGUUGCGGUAUUGAUGAAGUGGGUGGGAGAUACCUUCGUGAAUAUCUUACGCAUCUACGUAUCUCACGUAAGAAUGACGAGAACCUUGUGGCUCUCAGACGUGUUGUUCUCAUUGGAAAUCGGCAUAGCAUGGAUCGUGCGCAAAGUAUUUGCAGCAACGAUGAUAGCCAUUACCAGUCCAAUGAUUAUGAUAACAAUAACAUCAACAACAAGAAUAAUAUGUACACUAUGAGGAAGCAGAGUGGAAGUCAUCAUGAUGGAUAUCUCCAAAAUGGUAACGACGAUGAUGCCUCUUCACGUGAUCGUGACGUUAGCAUUGUAUUGUGA